AGGAAUGGGAUGGAGCCAUGGGAGCAUCGUCUUCCUAUCGCGGAACGGGGGAGAUCUUUUUGAGAAAAAGCAGAGCUGAGCUGAUCCAUGGUGUGAGCAACGUUGAACCAAUUUUGGAUGAGCUCCUCACCAAGGGAGUCAUUCAGCAGGACAGUUAUGAUAAAAUCAGCGCUCUCCCAACCUCGGCGGAGAAGAUGAAGGAACUCCUCGAUGGUCAUCUGAAAACUGCUGGACACAAAGAAAUCUUUUCCAGCAUCAUUGAGAGACUGGAGUCGCAUCAUCUCACGGAGGAGACGUCACCACUUGAUGCACAGCGUGGGAUUAUUGACCCAGAACCAGUCCAUAUGUCACACAAUGAUCCUCUUUUGAGUGUGGGGGCAACCGGAAGUGAUCUGUUGCCUGAGCAUGACUGGAUUAAACUUGAGCCUGAAGUGAACUGUGUGGAUGCAGACGAUGCUCCAAUUUACAGCCUGCAGUCUGAAGCAGGUGCCUUUGAAUGCAGUGUGUCUGGCUUGCGCUGGGUUUGUAAGGAAAAGGUCAGCUUCAAGUACCAGUUUUGCUCUUGGGAGGGGCACGCAGACAGACUGGAAACCAAGCAGUACAUCCCCGGAGGUCCCCUACUGGACAUUACAGUCAUUGCUGGAAAAUUAGAUGAAGCACAUUUGCCACACUGGAUCUGCACAGAAGACAACCCUACAGUUUUAGACAAGUUUGCAGUCGUCCACAUAGAUACAUGUGGAGACAUUGUGGAACAAGUGUCUGAGGUCACAUCAUCCCAUGUCAAGUUGUCUCAGCCAGCUUUCUCUCCAAGAGGAGUCCUGAUGAGAGCCGGCUUCUCCGUGAGAAUUCACUGUAAAGUGUUAAUAUACAAGACCACCAAAACAUUCCUCACACUGCAUGUCUAUGUGAUCCCUUGUGAUCCGGCUCUAGAAGAGAAAAUACAGAACAAGGAAUUAUCCAGUGGAUGCAAAGUGAUCCAAAAACCAUACCCAGAAAAAUCCCUGAAAAUGCGUGACUAUUUCAUCCUCACAGCUGAUAUGGUCACUGCAGAAAUUUACCCCAAGAAAUUAAAGCUCAUAUAUGAAUGGUGUGACCCAAACUUCUUCGAAGUGUUCAUUGUCGAUCUUGACAGUAAUUUCGAGCUCGGACUCAGACACGAAACAAGUGGACAAGUGUGGACCUGUGCAAUUCGAAAAGAUGACUAUCAAAACACUGGUGAUGUUCAGGUGAUGUAUGACAAGGAGCUUGCCAGACUGAGGCCUAAACUUGUGGAGAGGGUGUCCAGAGAGCUUAUCAACCAGCUGCUGGAUGAUCUGUUGGAGGAUGGUGUCUUGAAUGACGGGGAGACAGACUCGAUACUUCAGGAGUACAGUACCAGUGCAAACAGGGCACGCCGCCUCAUCGACAUGAUACGGAAGAAAGGAUGCAAAGCCAGCAGGAAGUUGUUAACUCACCUUCAAAGCAGAGACCCUAUGCUUUGGGCUGAGCUGGGGCUGCCCUCUGGCCCACCUCUGUAGUCAGGUAAGGUCUGUCUCAGCAGGGCUGGCCAACGUUCAUGAGUGAGGGAGGCCUUGAUCUUAUUCAGGGGAUAUAUUGGCAGAAAUGGAAUCUAAUUCAUAGAGUAUAAUCACCUGAAAAUAGGUUGUGUUUUCAUUGCCUGAAUGAGCCAUUUAUAUCUACAUACAGAGUAGGUCCUCUUCCACAGAGUUGUCCAUGUUGUUCUCCAGUCGCCCAGAACAGAGAAACCAAACACAGGCUCUCGUCAGGGCCAUUGUGUGUUUGUGUUGGCCAUUGUAGUUCUCCUACACACAACUAAGUGGUGAACACAGUGGAGCAUUAAGCUUAAAACAUAUUUAAAAAGAGAGUAUAAUACUAACGCUGGAUUUAUUUCUUGUGUGGACUGAAACUGCGUCUGCUGAUCAUGUGUAAAUGUAGAUGAUAAACAAAAUUAUAUUAUUCACAUGAACAAAAAGGUAGGGCACUGUUUUUUUUUGUUAAUUAAGGUCAAAUUUGGAUAUUUACUGAUGGGUCAUUAAGUUUUGUCUUUACUAUGUGUGGAAAAAUGUCUGUGAAUGAAAAGAUAAUUCAUGUUGUUUCUGGUAUUUGUAUGAAUCUUACCUGAAAGGUGAAGGAAAAUAAAGUGGCUGC